AUGGGAAUCAAAAACUUAUUCCAGAUCAUCAAAGACGAGGCGCCCGAUGCGGUCAAGGAGGGGGAGAUCAAGAACCAGUUUGGGAGGAAGGUUGCGAUUGACGCCUCUAUGUCAAUCUACUCGUUCCUCAUCGCCGUCCGCUCCGACGGCCAGCAGCUCAUGAACGAAGACGGGGAGACGACGUCUCAUCUGAUGGGCAUGUUCUACCGCACUCUUCGAAUGGUGGACAAUGGGAUUAAGCCGCUUUAUGUCUUUGACGGCGCGCCGCCCAAGCUCAAGUCUGGCGAGCUCGCCAAGCGGUUCCAGCGCAAGCAGGAGGCACACGAGGGGUUGGAGGAGGCCAAGGAGACGGGGACGACGGAGGAGGUGGAGAAGUUUAGUCGGAGGACGGUGAGGGUGACGAGGGAGCAUAAUGCCGAGUGUCAGAAGCUGUUGAAGCUGAUGGGGAUACCGUAUAUUAUUGCGCCGACCGAGGCGGAGGCGCAGUGCGCGGUGCUGGCCAGGGCGGGGAAGGUGUAUGCGGCGGCGAGUGAGGAUAUGGACACGCUGUGUUUUGACAGUCCGAUUUUGCUGAGGCAUUUGACGUUUUCGGAGCAGAGGAAGGAGCCGAUUCAGGAGAUUCAUGUGGCGAAGGUGUUGGAGGGGUUGGGGAUGGAGAGGAAGCAGGCAUGUUACUUUGUCGACCUUUGCAUCCUCCUCGGCUGCGACUACCUCGAUCCCAUCCCCAAGGUUGGACCCUCGACCGCCCUCAAGCUCAUUCGCGAGCACAAGACUCUGGAAGGAGUGGUCAAGUUUAUGAAGGAGGAUCCCAAGAGCAAAUAUGUCAUUCCUGAGGACUGGCCCUUUGAGGAUGCCAGAGACCUCUUUUUCAACCCUGACGUUCGUCAGGCGGAUGACCCGCUUUGCGACUUCAAGUGGGAGAAGCCUGACAUCGAGGGGCUGGUUCAGUUUCUGGUCAAGGAGAAGGGUUUCUCUGAGGACAGAGUGAGGGGCGCGGCGGCGAGACUGGAGAAGAACAUGAAGAGCAGCCAGCAGAGCAGAAUCGAGGGCUUCUUCAAGGUGCAGCCCAAGACGGAGGAGCAGAAGAAGGCGCACAAGCGGAAGCUGGAGGAGCAGAACGAGGCGAAGAAGAAGAAGCUGAAGGACGAGAAGAAGGAGAAGGCCAAGUUGAAGGCUAAGCCGAGGGGGACUGCUUGA